AAUUUCAGUUCGCUGAUCAGCGUGGUCAAAUCUUAUAGUCUAGAUCAGACAGCAGGAAUUGAAGAGAGGAGUCACUUGCCCACAUGAUGCCGCCAUUUGAGAAACCACAGCACCCCAAGACCUUCAAGCAGAGAAAAAGCUUUGCCACGAGAAAACAGGAGGUCGCGGGGAUCCGAACGAAGUUUCCAACUAAAAUCCCGGUUAUCAUUGAGCGGUAUCAACGGGAGAAGUACUUGCCGCCUCUUGAUAAAACGAAAUUCCUGGUCCCACAAGAACUUUCCAUGACUCAGUUUGUUACCGUUAUAAGAAAUCGUAUGUCUCUGAUGCAGAGUCAAGCGUUCUACCUGCUCAUCAAUAAUAGUGGCCUGGCCAGCAUGUCUCUUACCAUGGCGCAAGUCUACAAGGACCACAAAGAUGACGAUGGAUUUCUCUACAUGACAUACGCUUCUCAAGAAAUGUUUGGUAGUUGUGUUGAAAUCCAUGAAGAGUCAGUGCCAAUUGCUGGGAAUGUUUGAGAAGAUCUAAAUUGCAGGAUUGGAUAAUGUGCGGCCUCAGCUUUUGGCAGGCCCAAUAACUGAACUUCGUGUAUAGAUAUGAAAUGCAAUUUAUAUAUAUAUUUAAAAUUACGCUGGAAAUGUUUUUGUAUUGUUUUUAAGGUAAUAAAUGUUUCAAACUUUA